GACACACUGUGGAACGCAGUGCUGGAGUAUUGGCCGGACAUGGACAAGAGAAUCAGCCGGAUCGACUAUGUAGGCACUCGGCACCAAGGCAGUGAUCGUGUGCGGCAUGUCUGCGGUGCGAUAGGCGCCAAUGACCGUCUCUACCGUGCCUUCGCUGAAGGCUGCGUUGUCACGGAGGCGGUGCGAGACCUGGUGGAUGAAAAAGCUGGCACUGUCAUCCACCCCGGAGGGCAAUGUCUUUCUGGCCACCUUCAGUUCAAGACUUGGACGCGGAUUCUAGGCCGGCCGGAGCAGCCCGUCAGCCUCGAGUGCCGCCGACAGGUCUGGCGGAUAGAUGAUGUGAUGGCCUGUGUGGUUUGUGCGGAAGAUUUUUCCUCGAAUGUCAUGGAGGCAACCAAUAUUUUUACGAAGAUGCCCUGUGGAUCAUGGCGAAUGGUCCACCACCAUGGUAGCCCAUCACAUUGA